GUCAUGAUCCCUUAGGCCUCCUCUAAUUAUGCGUAAUCUUACUCGUAAAGUUCCCUCUCAUCUUACCUGUGAUUUACAUUUGACAGGUAGGAAUUCAGGUCAGGACUCCCAAUAAGAUAAGAGAUAAUUUUAUGGACAUAUCUCACCUUCAACAGUAAAUUUCAGAGGCUUAGUGUAUAAACUUUUUACAUCGUUAUGACUGUGAUAUGUUCUACUGAAUAUGAAGUCUAUGAUUAUUGAUUCAUAGACAGCUAGCUGGAUCUGUUUAAGCUUCUACACGUUUUGUUGACAAGACUAGACGACAUAUUUGAAAUAUAAACACUAUACAGGAAUAUAAUUUCAUCAGGUAUACCAUGAUCAGAUUCGUCCAUAACUCCAUAGUCCAUGCAGAUCUAACAAGUAGAGUCAUCCAAGCAUCUGAGUGAUUCAGCUGAAAUCAAAGCAUCCAAGUGAAUAAGAAUUGGAUUUUAAACUUCUGUGGCCUAAGUUAGCUCAUCACUGUGGAUAUUUAGCUUCUCAGUGGUAAAAGUGGAUUUGAGAUACAGUGCUUAUAUAAAAAAAAUUGCAGUGAAACGAGUCACAACAUUAUUGUUGGAGAAGUUUACAUUCAAAAUUUCUCAGUUGUGAAUCGUUGAAUGAACACACCUGCUUUUGACAGGUGUUGCGCAACAGAAUUUUGACUUGUUAGUGUUUCUUACACAAACAUCAUGAGUGUGAACGGAGAUAGCCAAAGCAGCAUGCCCACAAACCAUGUGGAGCUUUACAUUCGCGCUGGGAAGGACGGGGAAUGUUUAGGGGCAUGUAUCAACUGCCAGCGGUUUUACAUGAUUCUGGACAGGAAAGGAAAAGCAGGAGAGCUCACUUUCGAUGUCAUCACCAUCAACAUGGCCCGCCCACCAGCAGAAUUCAAGAAAUUGGCCAACCGUCUUCCAGUCUUAAAACAUGGUGACGAAAUCUUGUCUGAUAAUGAUGAGAUUGUACAGUACCUUGAUGAGAACUUCCCAUACCCAAGUUUGAGAUACGAUAACAUGCUCGCUCACAGCGUGUGCUUAGAUAUCUUCUCCAAGUUUUCGUUUUACAUUAAGCAGGUGAGCCACGGGCCAGAAAACCUCCUUAAGGAAUUACAGGCAAUUAACGACUACUUGGAAGGAGUUGAUUGUCUUUACCUGUGUGGGAAUGAAUUAAAACACCUGGACUGCCUAAUGCUUCCGAAAUUGCAACAUAUCCGAGUUGCAGCCAAAGCUUUUAAGGAUUUUGAUAUCCCAGCAGAUAUGGUUGGACUUUGGAAAUACCUUAAGAAUGCAUAUGCAAAUGAUACCUUCCGCAAAUCCUGCCCUUCUGACCAGGAAAUUGUUCAUUUCUGGGAAUCGAAACCUGAAACGCCCAAAUUGUCUGAAGAAAAGAAGAAGGAAUAUGGUACAGAUGGAUAUGCGGAACCAAAGUUCUCGUUCGAUGUACCUCUGUAAAUCUGAUUGGUCCAGUCUCUAUCAAGAGUAUCAUUUCUUAUUCAGCUUUGCUUUAAUCCCUUGAAAAAACACCUUAUGGACUGUUCCAUAACACCUUUCAAUGGACUGUUCCGUAACACCUUUCAAUCGACUGUUCCGUAACACCUUUCAAUGGACUGUUCCGUAACACCUUUCAAUGAAACUCGGAAGGAAUGAUAUAGCAUUAGUGUUAGUAACCUGUGGCUUGUAUUCCUCACAGAAACUUUUCUGUAAAUGUGAAAAUCUGAACAAGAAACUGGGGAAAGCUGAUGUAUACUCUAUUGUAAUGCUAAUACAUAAUCAAUAUUUAUGAUACAUAGGAGUGUUAAGGCUCUGCACUAUAAUUUAUACUUUUGUCUACUGAGUAGUAUCAGUGUGUUGCAGUACUUUAAAAAGAGGAGAGAUGUGAGAAGGAUUGUUUUAAUUGAUUUUCAUAUCACCAAUUGUUGAAUUUUGCAGUAGUGACAAGUUGUCUUCUUAUAUUUGCUUUGGAAGUUUUAUGUAUAAUUUUCACAAUUUUGUGAUGAUUUACAUACAAGAAAAUUUACAAAUAUUGUAUUGCUAGUCUAAAAUAUAACAUUAUGUACACUGCAAGAUUUUGCAUGGGUGUAGCUUUGUGAAUUUUCGGUACAAUUCUUUUUAUAAGAAAUAUUAUUAAGGUGAUAUUAAAUUGUUUUGUUGUUUGGUCCAAAUUCCAACAGCUUUAAAAAAGAAAUUGAAUACUGUAUAUCCAAUAUGGUGUUGCCUUAAAAUUUUACACAAUGAUGAAAUAGGCCAAUUAAUCCUAGAGAUUAAGACCUAAAUUAAUUGAUUUCCGUGACAGAACUAGUCAGUAUACUGUGGUUUACAGUACAUAUAUGUAUUGGUUAUUGGUUGUCAUGUUAUUUUUGGAUUUUUUUCGUGGAAAUCCAAUUGCAAGGAUCUGUUGCAUAAGAUUCUAGUCUUGACUACCUGAAUAAUUAAUUAAGUCAAUUUAUAAUUAUUGCCAAAAAUUCCUGGAAGAGAUUGCUUCUCUUCAAUAAUGUAUAUAAUAAUGUAUCCUGUCCAACUCUUAUGCAAUGUAUAUUUUGUUGAAACCACAGUCAUGCUUGUAAUAGUAAUGCAUUUUCAGUAACAUUUUACCAACAGUUUGAAGCGUUUGUCAGAAGGUUUUAACUCGGUAUGUAUAUGAUUUUGGGCAUUUUGAUGAUGUGUUCUAUCAUCACUGCCUCCUAUCCUUUUUCUUUGCAAUUUUGAGAGAGAAAAUAUUCUGAAAAAAUUCUUGUUACUUGUAUGAUUUAUGUAGAGGAUUCUGCUUAGGUGAAAAGCACAGAAAUUUAAUUGAAUAUUCUGGAAUAUUCAGAUAAUUAUAUAACAUCAUGUGUAACAGAAUAUUCUAAUUUCCAAUAUGUAGCUAUAUAGGCUGUAUUAUUUGUAAAUUUCUCUAUAAGAAUGACAAUGUGAAUAAGUUUGCUGAUAGAAGUGCAUAGACUGAUGGAAUAUUUUAGACUUAUUUUAGGAAAAACUAAUUUCCUUUUAAAGUGAAAUGACUCGAGUUUUAUCACUGAUCGCCCCUGGUGUAAUUUCCUAUUCACAAACCUGACUCAUUUUACAUCAAAUAUUGUUAUCUUAAUUACCUUUUAACUGAUGACGGUAUUUUUGGACAAGCAUUGGUCUCUCUGAACACAACAGUACAUUAUGGCUGUUUGUACCUUGAACCAAUUUUGUUUGAAAGAUAAAAAGACUGGAAAGCAGGAUGCAGAUACAAGGUAUUUCAUUAUUUAAUCAUUAAACAUACUGUAUAGAUUACUGAUUGGUAUACUGGUAUACUUGUUCUCCCUAGAAAGUUAAUUACUAAAUGGAAACGUGUGUCAGUACUACAUGUAUUUCUGUUAAAAUGUAAUUUUAAAGGGAUAGAUAAUUUGAUGUUGAAUUGUAUUUUAUAUUUAAUUUUCUAUUCUUAUUUGAAUACAUUAUUGUAGUUCUGUUAACAAACAAAAAAAAAUAAGGAAAAUUUCAGAAGCAUGUCACAUCUGUAGAGUAACUGCAUUUAUUUUCAAAAGAUUUUAUAUGACGUAUGUGAUCCAAUGGACUCGUUUGAUAUGUAUUGUUUUAAUAGUUUUUGAAAUUAAUUAUUUAUUUCCUUGCCAUUUCAUAUUUUUAUGGCAUUCUUUUAUAUCGAAAUUUCACAAAAUCUCAAUAAUUAGCAUUGACUGAUAAACAAUAAUGGGAAAAUACUAAAAUUCACAAGUAUUUUUCCUCUACAUGAAUAUAUGUUUGACCCAUUUGCCAAACAAGUCUACCAGAGUUGUCUUCCCAUAGGUACUAAUAGAAAUCUGAAAGAAGGGAGGUAACUCUCAUUAGUUUUACUGACAUUUGUUUUGUUGGAUUUUAUAACCUAUAUAUGUGCUAAAUCUUUUUUUUUGUCACUAAUGAUAUAAGCAAAUGAAAAACUAGAGUGUACAUUUUUGUAAACAUAUUUUUUUCAUUGUCUACUUUGUAGCCAUCAUCUCUUAGCAAUAAAAAAUAAUCUGUAAAUCUGCUAAUGUAGGGAUUCUCACGGCCAGUGAAAGUGCUUAAUGAAGGUUGCUGUACUUCGAAUCAUAUCGCAGCAUGUAACGGAAUAUUUUUCCACGUACAAAAUUAUUUUGAAACUUUGUGUAAAUUGAUGGGAUUUUUUUUUUUUUUUUUUUCUUUUAUGAUAUACAUACUAUAUAUUUCAAUUAUCUCUGCCCUAGAUCUGCUGCUAGAUACAUUUAUUCCAAUACUUAGUUUUUAGUUAUAAAUAUUCUUGCCAAUUUUAAUGUUAGUAUACAUGUAAUAUUUUAAAUAUUUGGUUGUAUGUAUUUGUUUUAAAACGUGGUUGUGGAUUUUAUUUGGUCCUACUUCCAAUUUAUGUACAAAGUUUUGAGUCUUUUAAAACUGCUGUUGUAUUUGUGUUAUGUAAUUUACAUACUACUAUAAGUCAUUUAUCUAUAUAUAUUGUGUAAUAUUAUUUUUGAAGGUUGUAAAAUUUCCAAUAUACAUGUACCCAUAUAUCUUUAUUAUCACAUGUUGUUAGUCAGCAUUUUUGUUUACAAUUUGUUUGGUUAAUGCAAUGCCUAUAUACAAUGUACACAAUGUUGUAAUAGAAAAUUUAAUGUGAAAUUAGAGGAUACAUAUAAAAAAUCUACAAUAUUUGAAUCUCCAAUCCAAAACACUAAAGAUGAAAGCACUCAUUACAUAAAGAAUUGAUAUGAAAUUGAAUUUUUUUUUAUCUAUUCUCAUAAUAUGAAAGAUGGGGCUACUGAAGCAGAUGAAAACAAAUUUUAGAUGAGACCAUAUUUCAUGCCAAUUUUUAUGAAUUACCUGGUUUGUUAUAAGUUUUCUUGCUGAGCCUUAAAUAACCUUUUACCUCUAAAAUUUGUACAUGCAUAGUUUUGGAUGCUUUGUUUUAUUGUUUGUUACAUGGUUAAACUUAAAAAAGAUUAGUUUAUUCAUUAAUGGUAGUUGUUAUUUGAGUCACUUUAAACAGCAAGUCAUCUAUUUUUAAUCUUCUUUUUACUAUACACAAUCUGAUAAGCUGGUUGAAAUUUUUUCUUUUCUUCUUCAAAGCUGUUCAUAAAAUAUUUCGCACUGAAGUCAAAGAAGUGGUUCAUUAUCAUGAGCAAUGAUGUAUUGUACUUAAUAAUGUAAAUAUAACAUGUUUUUACUAGGUAACAAUUUUACCUGCAGUGAAUCUUAAGCUUGAGAUAAAUAUCUCGCAUACUAAAAACUUCACCAAUAAAGUGAAGUAGCUAUGUCUUCCAGCUCUAAAGUGAUGAAUUAUUCAAAAGUGUUUAUAAAGCAAUAUCAGUGUAGUUUAUGGAUGCCUUUUGAUAUGAAAAAAAAAUUAAAUUUGGAAAUUAUUUUGAAUAAAGCAAUGAAGAAAUUUUCAAGAUUUACUCUAUUCAUGCAGUGCAAGUGCUAUCAUUACAUGAGGAAUUAUGGUACAGAGAGAAACAUUCUUUGGACAGUCAGGGAGAGAAAAAACUCAGGUCCGAUGGCCUGGGGCCAGUAAAUUUGGUAUGUGGGCAAGUAAAUAUUGGUGACAACUUGGCCGAUUGGCAAGUGCAAAAUUUCUCAAGAUCUUUACCUUUCCCCAGAGUAAUUGAAGAUAUUACUAAUUCAGUUUAAUUGGACCACUAUGUUUCACCUUUGGGCAAGUACUUUUGAACCUAAACUUCCCCGAAGGACCAAUGAUGCUGAACAUUUUCUUCCCGCCCUGACAGUGCAUGUUGCCCUUUUCAAGCUUAAAAUGGGAUAAUUAAUUCAACAGUGGUUCAUCAUCACCUAUUUAAGUAUAAUCACUUAUAAUCUAGUCACAAAUCCGAACAAUUUUAUCUACAUCUUCAGAUUAUUUUCCCUUAAUAUUUAUAAGUUGAUCAAUCUUAGACCUCAUUAGCUGUCAAGCUUAUCUUUAUACAUGUACCAUCUGGUGUAGUUUAACAAAGGGAAGUAACUCUGAUAUAUCAGAAUUUAUAUUGACCUUCUCUCAGCUUGGUAAAUGUUGGACAUAGAUAAUGAAAUUCUUAUAAUCUAGUCACAAUGCUAAACAAUUUUAUUUGUCUUAAGAUUAUUUUCUGUUAACGAUCCGACAUAGUUAAACAAAGUGAAGUAACUCUGAUAGAUCAGGAUCUAUAUUGAUCGACCUCUCUGCUUGGUAAAUGUUAAGAUUUGUUUAGAGUUAGUGGAAUUCUGGUCAUCAUUUGUAUUUAUUGUAAACUUAUGGCUUCCUGUAUAAAUGUAUACACAUAGACAGUAUUUACUCAUCUUUAGUUGUAUGUUCAUGUUUCUCUUAUAGACGCAAACCUGUAUUAUGUUGAUUAUUAUAUACAUUGUAUAUGUUUACUAAAACUGCCAGUAUUUUAAUCAGUUUGUGCUUUUAUUAUGAAAAAUCAAUAAAUUCUUCACAAUAA